UGUAGGAAAAAGCAUUGUCUGGCGUCGUCUCCUUCUGCGUGUGUCGUUUUGUGUUCAUAUUGAUGUCGUAAAAUCCCACCUGUUGAGAUCCAUCCAACGCAAUUUCUUUUCUUUUGCAGGUGAAGGAAAGAAGGGGGGGCCUUCAAGUACUCUCCUUCAUAGUCCCCCUCUACUUGAUUUUUGCUUUUCGAAGGAAAAAAAAAUCCUAAUUAACCCAAAUUUUCAUUCCUUGAAUUUGACUGUUAAUCCCCUCACAAUCCUAUUGUGGAUCCCUCACUGUCAAUUGUAGUAAAUUAAUUCUUUCCAAUUCGAGACCAAUAUAAUUCUAUCCAAUUUUCAAUUUUGACGGCGAAAAGGUGUUCGCAUUAUUGCUUAAGAUGUUCAAUUGGGUGGCGUGAUUGAAUUGGAGAAUUGCAGGAUCUAUGGUGUGUUUUGUGGGAUUGAGAUGAUCUGUUCCGUGGCGUGAACAAAAUUGAACGCUUUGGAUCCGAUAGGGGGAGAAACAGCGCCAUCUAAUGGCGCUGUUCCGACGCCUGUUUUACCGGAAGCCGCCGGAUCGGCUUCUCGAGAUCUCUGAGAGAGUUUACGUAUUUGACUGCUGCUUCGCCACUGACGUUUUGGAAGAUGAUGAGUACAAAGGAUACAUUGGUGGAAUUGUAGCACAGCUGCAAGACCACUUUCCCGAUGCUUCCUUCAUGGUCUUCAACUUUAGGGAAGGGGAGAAGCGGAGCCAAAUUUCAGACAUAUUGUCUCAGUAUGACAUGACAGUUAUGGAUUAUCCUCGGCAAUAUGAGGGGUGUCCUCUGCUACCUUUGGAGAUGAUCCAUCACUUUCUUCGAUCUAGUGAAAGCUGGUUAUCUUUGGAGGGACAGCAAAAUGUACUUUUGAUGCACUGUGAAAGAGGAGGUUGGCCUGUACUUGCAUUCAUGCUUGCAGGCCUUCUCUUAUACCGCAAACAGUAUAAUGGGGAGCUGAAGACUCUUGAAAUGGUCUACAAGCAAGCUCCUAGAGAGCUUCUCCAUCUCUUAUCUCCUUUAAAUCCUCAACCUUCCCAAUUGAGAUAUCUUCAGUACAUCUCCAGAAGAAAUUUGGGUUCUGAUUGGCCUCCAUCAGAUACACCUCUACUUUUAGAUUGUCUUGUCCUUGCAGUUCUUCCAUUAUUUGAUGGGGGGCAAGGUUGCAGACCAGUUGUCCGUGUUUAUGGUCAGGACCCCUCAAAACCAGCCAAUAGAACUUCUAAGCUCUUAUUUUCAACUUCAAAGACAAAAAAACUUGUUCGUCACUACUUGCAGGCAGAGUGUAUGUUGGUGAAAAUAGAUAUCCAUUGCAGGGUCCAAGGCGAUGUCGUUCUUGAAUGUAUCCAUUUGGAUGAAGAUCUAGUACGUGAGGAGAUGAUGUUUCGAGUUAUGUUCCACACAGCAUUUGUGCGGGCUAAUAUCUUGACGAUCAGCCGUGAUGAAAUUGACAUUCUAUGGGAUGCCAAGGGCCAAUUUCCAAAGGACUUUAGAGCAGAGGUACUUUUUUUGGAUGUUGAUGCUGUUGUGCCUAAUCUAACCUCAGUCGUGACAAGUGAAGAUGCAAAUGAGACAGGCAGUGCUUCACCUGAGGAAUUUUUUGAGGUUGAAGAGAUAUUUAGCAAUGUGGUUGAUGCGCAGGAAGGAAAGGGGGACUUUGAAACUCUUUCGGUCGAGGGAAACACUCCUGAUGAUACUGACCAUACAGAAGUCUGGAAGGAGGAGGAUGUGGAUCCUCACACAUUUCUAGAUUGUGCAUCAGAUGAUGGGAAACACAAACAGUUUGGAAAUAUGAAUUCUAAUUCUGAACCGGUAAAGGAUAUUGCUGUGGAUGAUGUGAAGUAUAAGAUGGAAGAGAAAAUGGAUGUGGAUAUCCAUACGGUGAAAGACAUUACCGUGGAUGAUAGUGACAUGAAACAAGAGCCUGUGGUAACUGCCCCUAGUUUGCUAAGACAUAUAAUAACCAAGGAAGUAACUAAAGUUCCAAGUGGAAGACUCGAAGAAAUAGAUAUUAAAGUUGGAAAUCAAGACACUGUUGUGCAAAAGAAGUUAGAUUCAGGGGUUACUCAGAAAAAGUUGAGGGCGGAUGUUUGUAGGCCAAAAUCAGAAAAAGUAGUGCCAUCUUCUCUGAAGAAACAGCAUAUGUUGGGCACGAAAACAGCUGCAGAUUCAGUUGUAGCCAAGCAAAAGAUUAAACAGCAAGAACAGCUGGGAACACAUGCAAAACUUGCAAAACCAAAUGCAGUAUCUCGUUGGAUUCCCCCUAACAAAGGCUCUUAUACCAAUUUGAUGCAUGUGUCGCAUCCACCUGCUAGAUAUAAUAGUGCACCACCAGAUCUUGAUGUUAUUGCUUCUCCAAAAGAUUCGAAUGCUUGUGGCCCUGUAAAGGCUUCUUCUGUUCCUGCUACUUCUGGAGCAGUGGUUUCCAGAGAUGCUGCAAACGAACUGUUAGGACAAAAAGUGGAGCUUAUGGAGCCAUCACACUCUGUCUCAUUGAUGCCUGCUUCCUUUCCAGCUAAAGAAUCACCAUCUCUUGGACUGCAGCUGGUAGUACCAUCUCUCCCUCCUCCUCCCCCUCCCCCUCCCCCUCCACCUCCACCUCAUUCUAACAGCUCUUCGUUGUAUACCUCUAAAUCCAGGUCUUCUUUACAGCUUUCUCCACCUUGGCAGGCCAGUCCAGUAGCUUCUCCUCCACCAUCUCAUCCACUUGGUAAUGAGGUCUCCACACCUCUUCCCCCUUCACCACCUCCCCCUCCUUCUCUUCAACUUUCCACGUCUUUGAGUAGGCAGAAUAUUGAAGUGGGUUUGUACCAAAAACAUCAUCCACCUCCACCCCCUCCUCCACCCCCUCCUUCAUCCACUAGGCAACAUAUUGGGGCGGGGUUUCCCCCUCUACCUCCUCCAUCUCGUUGGAAGUAUGCAUACUCUUUAACUACCCCUACCCCAAUGAAAGUUUCUCCUUCAUCUCCAUCUCCACCUCCGUCUUCCCCCCCUCCUCCAAUGAGUUCAUUAAUAGUUAGUGGAAUCAAAGUUCCUCAUUCACCAUCGUUGCCGUCUCCUCCUCCUCUUCCAAGGAGUGAAGCUACACCUCCAACUCCACCACCCCCUUCAACCUAUGGAUGUUGGACCCCACCACCACCUCCACUUUUGAUGCAUGGUGCUCCCCCUCAACCUCGUUUGUUACCUGCACUACCUUCACCACCUCUUCGUCUUGGAGGUCGUGGGGCACCACCUCCACCACCGCCACCUCCUAGAGGUCAUGCGGCACCACCUCUACCACUAGCACCUUCUGGAGGUCGAGGGGCUCCACCACCUCCGUCGCUGCCUCCCGGAGGUAGAGGACCACCACCUCCACCACCGCCUCCUGGUGGUCGAGGGGCGCCAACCCUGCCACCUCAUCCCGUGGGUCGUGAGGCACCACCUCUGCCGCCACCGCCUCCAUGUGGUCGAGGGGCACCACCUCCACCUCCUCCCCUUGGGGGUUGUGGGGCAGGUCCUCCUGCUGCACCUAGACCUCCAUGUGGUGCACCUCCGCCACCACCCUUAGGUGCACAAGGAGCCGCAGCUGAUACAAGAGGCUUGCAGCUUGGAAGAGGGCGUGGGCUUUCACGUCCUUCAGGGCUGGGGCCAACUGCUACUGCACCCAAGCGAUCUUCCUUGAAACCGUUGCAUUGGAGCAAAGUUACAAGAGCACUGCAAGGGAGUUUAUGGGAAGAAUUGCAAAGGCUUGGAGAACCUCAAAUUGGACCAGAUUUUGAUGUAUCCGAGCUGGAGAGUCUUUUCUCUGCAACAGUCCCAAAGUCUGCUGAUGCAGGAGGCAAAUCUGGUGGGCGACGCAAGCCUGUUGGAUCAAAAACUGACAAAGUUCAACUGAUUGAUCUGAGGAGGGCAUAUAACAUUGAAAUUAUGCUUACGAAAGUAAAGAUGCCACUCCCUGAUAUGAUGGCUGCAGUUCUAGCAAUGGAUGAGUCAGUGUUAGAUGUUGAUCAAGUGGAAAAUCUCAUAAAAUUCUGUCCUACUAAGGAGGAAAUGGAACUUCUCAAGGGGUAUACUGGUGACAAGGAGAACCUUGGAAAGUGUGAACAGUACUUCUUGGAGCUGAUGAAAGUGCCACAGGUUGAGUCAAAAUUAAGAGUGUUCUCUUUCAAGAUUCAGUUCAGCUCUCAGAUUUCAGAAUUCAAGAAGAAUUUAAAUACUGUAAAUUUCGCAUGUGAAGAGGUACGGAAUUCUGUCAAAUUGAAGGAAAUUAUGAAGACAAUUCUUAUCUUGGGGAAUAAAUUAAACCAAGGAACUGCAAGGGGUUCCGCCAUUGGAUUUAAGUUGGACAGUUUAUUAAAACUCACUGAUACUCGUUCUUCUACCAGCAAGAUGACACUUAUGCAUUUUCUUUGCAAGAAACUUGCUGAUCAUUCACCAGAACUCCUAGAUUUUCACCUGGAUCUUGUUAGCCUCGAACCUGCAUCAAAGAUACAAUUAAAAUCUUUAGCAGAAGAAAUGCAAGCAAUAAUCAAGGGAUUGGAGAAGGUCAAACAGGAGCUUCUUGCCUCAGAAAAUGACGGUCCUGUGUCUGAAGUUUUUCGAAAGACAUUGAAAGCAUUCAUUUUUGUUGCUGAGACAGAGGUGGUGUCAGUUACAAAUCUGUAUUCGGUGGUGGGUAGAAAUGCAGAUGCACUUGCACUGUACUUUGGGGAGGAUCCUGCCCGUUUCCCAUUUGAGCAGGUUACAGCGACGCUCUUAAAUUUUGUGAGGUUGUUUAGGAAAGCACAGGAGGAAAAUGUCAAACAGGAUGAGUUGGAGAAGAAGAAAGCUGGGAAAGAGGCCGAAAUGGAGAGGGCCAAGGGAACUACUCUUACGAGAAAAGGGUGAAAUAGCAAAGGAGUAGAUGUUUAGCUUCUUGCAAACAGGAGAUCUUUGGCACACAGAUUUUAAACUGAAUGACGGCAAAAUCACUGCUUUGUUGAUUGUUCAGAAGCAUUCGAUCGGCCGUUCUGACAUUCUCCACCAAUAGUACAUUGCUAAGCCUUAAAUGACACUGGAAGAGCUUGGACCCCGAGGACGUCAAACUAUUGAAAAGGCUUAGCAGCAUGUGAUUGACAGGCUUUUCUAUCGUGCCCCUUGGGUGGUUACAACUGCUGAUCAAGAACCAGGUUGGAUACCAGAUAUCAAAGGUGAGGGUCUGCCCUUCCAAGUGCUGCAUCGGAAGAAACUUCAUGAGUUUGGACCAGUCGUUCAGUAUAGUUGGCAAUUUGGUUUCCAGCUUCCACCGUUCCUUUGGCACGAUUUUUUAUUGCCAGAGCAGAAGUUUUCAGGAUUGCAAAGUGCACAGAAGAGUCCCAUUGUACCAUGAAAACCAUGUACAAAGUUCUAACCCCCUGACCUUAGCAUUCAAUUCUUUUUUCUUCCUUCUCUGUAACAUAGAAAUUAGUUCCAUUUUUGGCCCCUGAUUUUGUUUCCCACUGAAGUUGUAUAGGUGGUUAGGUUCAGAAAGUGUAAAAAGUAGGCAGGUUCUUGUAGUGUAAAUGUAUUGAAAUUUCAGAAUAUAGUCUAUAGAUUGGAAAUAACUGGUUUUCUUUCCCUUGGUUCUUCAAUCAAAAUUGAGUUUACGACGCGUUGUAGUUUC